UCUUAUCCGGUCGAUGAAUAAUCAUGUUCACUCGCUACCUCUUCGUUUCGGUGACAUGUAUUCUCUAGAUGAAAUUCCGUGUUGUGUGUUUGAAUCGUGGAAUUUAUAAUAAUUGCUCUUGUUACAUGUUACCGUUAACGAGAUCUUAUAGAAAUGGUGAAUAUAGAUACGAUACAAAAGACUUAUCCGUUGCAUUGGCUCGUGUGGAAUAACAACUAUGUAGAACUCGAAGAGGAAUUAUCUUCGAAACUGCAUGAUAUUGAAAAGGUUGAUAACAGAGGAAGAACACCGUUGAUGCUAGCCGUAACUUUGGGUUAUACCGAUUGUGUUGAAGUGUUAUUGCAACACGAUGCUAAUGUUAAUACAGAAAAUACUCAAGGAUGGACUGUGGUACAAGAAGCAGUUGGCACAGGAAAUCCUGAAUUGCUACAAAUGGUGCUAGCACGUAGAGAUUAUCAAAGAUAUUGUAAUCGAGCAGCUGGUAUUCCAGAAUUGCUUCAUAAACUUAAACAAGCUCCUGACUUUUAUGUAGAAAUGAAAUGGGAGUUUACUAGUUGGGUUCCUCUUGCCUCUAAAAUGUGCCCUAGCGACACUUAUAAAGUAUAUAAACAGGGCAGUAACGUGAGAAUCGAUACCACUUUAUUGGGAUUUGAUCACGCUAAUUGGCAACGCGGGAAUCGUAGUUACGUUUUUAAAGGACAAAAUGACGGAGCAACAAUGAUGGAAGUAGAUCAUGAAACAAGAAAAGUGUAUGUGGAGCAUAUGAAACUCAUUGAUGCUGAUAACAUUCAACUAAUGGAACCAGCGGAAGAGGGUGUAUUAGCUCGGCUUACAAAUCCGAUAGUUACUACAUAUAUAGAUACUGAAAAGAUUAGUUUUGAACGCAAUAAAGCUGGUUUAUGGGGCUGGCGUUCUGAUAAAAGUGAAAUGGUAAAUGGACAUGAAUGCAAGGUUUUUAGUGCAAGUAACGUAGAAUUAAUAACAAAAACUCGAUUAGAACAUUUAUCCGAGCCCGAUAAAGCAAGGGCUCGUGCCCCUCGUACGCCUCUUCAGUCAUUUCUUAGCAUAGCGGAACAACAACAAGAGAACAGUAUUAGUGCAACUACUAGUGAAGAAUAUAGCAACGUUGGAAAUCCCUGUAAUAUCACAGCUGAAGAGUAUUUUGACCCAGAUGUUGAUUUAAAUGGAAGAGAUAUAGGUAGACCAAAAGAAGUUAAUACAAAAAUUCAGAAAUUUAAGGCAACUUUAUGGCUAAGUGAAGAAUAUCCAUUAAGUCUUCAAGAACAAAUUAUACCAAUUGUCGAUCUAAUGGCAAUAUCUAGUUCACAUUUUGCAAAAUUAAAAGAUUUUAUCCAAAUGCAAUUACCCGCUGGAUUUCCUGUUAAGAUUGAAAUUCCUCUGUUUCAUAUACUAAAUGCAAGGAUAACAUUUGGAAAUAUUUUUGGCAUGGAUCAAGAAGUAGCACACGUGGGGCAUUUACAAGAAACGAAUAGAAUGACUUGUUUAGUUGACGAUAUUUGUUUUGAAGCUCCAGUGGGAUAUGUAAAACUGGGUGCUGAAGUUCGGACUCAGUUUAGUAUGGAAGAAGAAGAUGAUCUGUUACAAUUUGCUAUUCAACAAAGUUUACUAGAAGUUGGAAGCGAACGUGACGAGGUUGACAUAUGGGAAGCUUUAAGAGCCCAAAAACCAUCUCGACCUACGACUCCUAACAUGACGACAGAAGAAGAAAGGCAACUACAAAGAGCUAUCCAAGCAAGUCUAGCGCUAUACCAGGAGAAUACUGCUGGGUGUGCCAGCGGUCGAAGUAACUCUAAUAAAACGAAUGAUAUAGAAGAUGCUGAUUCUCUCGAAGACACAGCAGAACAAUUAAGAUUGGCAUUAAGACUUUCCGAGCAACAACAAUUAGAAGAAGAGCAGCGUCGAUUGUUAGAAGAAGAAACGUUUCGGCAAGUGUUGGAAUUAUCUCUAACAGAUAAAUGAACUUGAUAACGUGCAAUAGCCACUUAAACAUUUCAUUAAAGUAUACUUCCACAUCUACGAUAAUCUUCCGACAACAUGAUGCUGUCGAGCAUGAAAUCAUUUCCUACGAUUCGUACAUCAAAAAGCAAUAUACAUAUAUAUAUGUGUAUAUAUAGCUACGAAGUCAGAUGAAAGUGCUGGAAAUAAUUGUAGCACUAACUAUGAAAGUAAAUGAUUUAACUUAUGUUAUUUAUUUCUUAGCUACGUUUUAUAUGAAAGAAAGUUGUAAUGGUAUGGUGGAACAUGGUAAUGUAAUGGUUAGAAGUCUUGAAAAUUACAAUUGCUCUGAUUAAUAAUCAGAAUAUUUUUGAGUCUCAAAUCCAAUUCAAAAUCAAA